AUGCUCCGGCGAUCUAUAUCCCAAAAGUCAACUUUGCUGUUGAUAUUUGUAUUUUUCACUGGGAUUUUCACCGGUGAAUAUCUUAGGAAUGGAUCUUCCCGCCACAAAUCAAUACACUUGAGGAGAGUCGACGCAUAUUGUGCAAAGUUCAAGUAUCCAAAUGAUCUUGUCAUCGUACUGAAGACCGGAGCGAAUGAAGUCUACGACAAAGUGCCAACCCAGCUCUUAACAUCACUCAGCUGCUAUCGAGAUAUACUGGUUUUCUCCGAUCUAGAGCAGAAGUUUGGGGGCUAUCAUGUCCACGAUGCUCUGGAAAAUGUUCCAAUGACUGUGCAGCGAGGGAAUGCCGAAUUCAACUAUUAUUACAAGUUGCGGCAUUACAAAAAGCACGGCAAGGAUGUUGGCAAACUUCGAGAAUCAGACGGAACGGCAGCCUGGGAACUAGACAAGUACAAGUUUCUUCACAUGAUGGAAGACGCUUGGAGGUUACGACCUGGCCGGAAAUGGUAUUUCUUCCUGGAGGCCGACACGUAUCUUGUGCAGACCAACUUGUUCCAUUGGCUCCGUCGUAUGGAUUCGAGAAAGCUGCAUUAUUAUGGUUCUCAUGCUUUUCACAAAGCAGCCUUUGCCCAUGGUGGUAGCGGCUUCUUGCUUUCUGGGGUCGCACUUGCCCAGUUUGUCAAAGGGGAUCAUGGAGUCAUUGACAGGCAUGACGAGUUGAUGAAGCAAGAGCCAUUUGGUGAUUAUGUGCUUUCACAGGCCUUGAUCGCGAAAGGUGUGAACCUCACGAAUGCGGCACCGAUGCUUUCGGCAGAGAAGCCUACAACUCUACCAUUCGGUCCAGGACCAGCUGGGAUCGAUAGCCAUUGGUGUAGACCGAUUGUUACUCUGCACCAUAUCACUCCCCAAGAAGCUUCGUCGUUGUGGGAGCUGGAGCAGCACAGACCUGAUCCCACUGCACCACUUCUUUACGAAGAGCUAUAUAAAGCAAUGAUCAAGGCCGACAUGCCCGCCACUCGUGAUGACUGGGACAAUUUGUCAGAUCAUUCGUAUGUCCGGCCGCCUGGAACAACAGGUGACCGGCAGAAAGUGCUGGCCGAUAUGUCUAUCGUGCAACAAGAAGCACAUCUCUCGUUCGAAAAAUGCGGCCGAGCAUGCGAGGAAGAUAACCGAUGCUUCCAAUAUACGUACUCAAACCACACCUGCGGGUUUUCGUGGUUCUUCCGGAUGGGCUCGCGACGGGAGCCUGAGGAUGGCAUCUCCUUCCAGUCGGGUUGGAAUCUGGACAAGAUCGCUCGGUAUCAGGCUGAGCACGUUUGCAAAAUUUCGACUGCGAGAUGGGUAGAUCCUCCGCGGGAUCCUCCAGUUAAUAUCACCGCCAGCAGCAGCAGCAGCAGUAUCGCAGCGACCUAA